AUGCUUCCUUUUACAAAACUUGGAUUGGACAGGAAAACUGAUCUGAACCGGUUUUUAACAUCUUGGAAGUCCCUGAAUGAUCCAGGAACUAGCGAGUGGUCAUACUACUUGAAGCCAAGUGGGCUUCCUGAGCUGAUGUUAUACAAGAGUCAGGUUCCGUGGUGGCGCAGCGGACCUUGGAAUGGCAUCAAGUGGAACGGCAUACCUGAGAUGGCAACUAAUUUCCUUUUCAACACGAGUAUCAUGUACAAUAAUAAUGAGACUGCCAUUUCAUGGGGAAUUCUCAAUUCUUCUGUCAUCUCAAUGUUAUUUCUGGAUCUGACAGGACAAAUCAAACGAUCCACUUGGCAUGAUCAAGAUCAUAGAUGGAUCACAUUCUGGACAGCACCAGCGGAAACGUGUGAUUAUUAUGGACAUUGUGGAGCAAAUGGUAAUUGCAACCCUUAUAAUGCUGGAGUAUUUGAAUGCAGUUGUCUCCCAGAUUAUGAACCCAGGUCUUCAAAUGAUUGGUACUUAAGAGAUGCAUCAGGUGGGUGUGCGAGGAAGCAAGGGGCAUUAACCUGUAGAAGUGGUGAAGGAUUUGUGAAGGUGAAAAAUGCUAAGGUUCCAGAUACCUCUAUGGUCCUUUUGGAUAUGAGUAUGAGUUUGCAAGCAUGUCAAGAAGACUGCUUGAGAAAUUGUUCUUGCACAGCAUAUUCUACUGCAGAUUUGCAUAGAGAGAGUGGCUGUGUAACAUGGUACGGGGAUUUACUUGAUACAAGAGUCUUUACAGAUGGAGGACAAGAUAUAUACAUUCGCGUGGAUGCAGCCACAUUAGCUCAAUACACAAAGAACUCAAAAGGCUUCUUUGCCAAGAAGGGGGCAUUAGCAGCUUUGGUAACCCUUCUAGCUGUAGCAGCCAUCGUUGUCAUUUCUAUUACAUAUUGCCUGGUGAAGAGGAAAAGAAACGGAGACAGUGCGGUUUUUUCACACUUCAAGUACCAUGUGUGA